AUGAAUGGAUUCCACAAUCUAGGCUUAAAAAAAAACAACUAAGAUGGCGACGUAGGAAACUAUGAAAUAAACGCUCUGUUGGAGAAGAACCUCUGUUGUUUCUGCUGAGUGUUAUAGAAUAUCGUUUCCAGAGCUUACCUCGUGGAUGUCCAGAGCUGCUCGCUGCAUGUGGCAAGGAAAAAAGCUUUUAAAUCCGUCAAAUAGUAUCAGAAUCUUGUUAGCAAGGAUACGAACCAUCAGAGAAGAUUCACAACUUGGUGAUCCACAUUUAGAAAGCAAGGAGGAAACAAAAGGUGAGGAGAAGAAACCUCCAAUAUUUCCUCCCCCUCCUCUGGAGUUAUGCUGCAUGAGUGGCUGUCAGAACUGUGUCAUGAUUCAAUAUGCUGAAGAAUUAAUAAAUAUGUAUGGUGAUGACUCAGCAGCCGGAGCUGCUCUGGAAGAAAUUCCAGAUGAGGGUCUUAAAGCUUUUCUCAAAAUGGAACUAAUGCUAAAAAAAUAGCUCCACACAAAUGUUUUUGCUUCUUAGUUUAUUUUCAGUAAACAGAAGGAGAAAAAAACUGAGGUCAUUCUUAGAGCCCUGCCAAUUACUGGUACAUAUAUAUACAGAUUACACUUAAAGUAACAUUCAUAAAAAUGUAACUUCUGAAAACACAAGUGGCAUUAAUCUUCAAUUUCACAUGGAAUUUUUUUUUUUUUUACUUGGUUAAAGUAAGAAGGGCAAAAUUUUCUUUCAUUAGUAUAGGUAAUUGCAUGGGUCCGAGUAAAAUUAAGGAUUAAUGUCACGCGUGUUUUCGGAAGUUGCUGAAAUUGCCCGAGUCGCGCAGCGAC